AUGGGCUGCGCCCCCAGCAUCCAUGUCUCACAGAGCGGCGUGAUCUACUGCCGGGACUCAGAUGAGUCCAACUCGCCCCGCCAGACCAGCAGCCUGUCGCAGGGCCCCACGGCGCCCCUGCACGGCCUCUUCGUGCAGACCGACGCCGCCGACGCCAUGCCCCCGAGCCGCGCGGCGGGACCCUCGGGCGCUGUCCGAGUCCGUAGGUCCCGGGCUGAGCUGGGCAGUGGCAGUAGCACGGGGUCCUCAGGGCCAGCAGUGACCACCUGCCGGGGCCGGAGGCGUCACUGCUGCAGCAGUGCUGAGGCCGAGACCCAGACCAGCUACACCAGUGUCAAGCAGGUGUCUUCUGCGGAGGUGCGCAUUGGGCCCAUGAGACUGACGCAGGACCCUAUCCAGGUUUUGCUAAUCUUUGCAAAGGAGGACAGCCAGAGUGAUGGCUUCUGGUGGGCCUGUGACAGGGCUGGCUACAGAUGCAACAUCGCUCGUACUCCAGAGUCGGCCCUUGAGUGUUUCCUGGACAAGCAUCAUGAAAUUAUUGUGAUUGAUCACAGGCAAACCCGGAACUUCGAUGCAGAAGCGGUGUGCAGGUCAAUCCGGGCCACUAACCCCUCUGAGCACACCGUGAUCCUGGCUGUGGUUUCACAAGCAUCCGAUGACCAUGAAGAGGCCUCAGUUCUUCCUCUUCUCCACGCAGGCUUCAACCGGAGAUUUAUGGAGAAUAGCAGCAUAAUUGCUUGCUAUAAUGAACUGAUUCAAAUAGAACAUGGGGAAGUUCGCUCACAGUUCAAAUUACGGGCCUGUAAUUCAGUGUUUACAGCGUUAGACCACUGUCAUGAAGCCAUAGAAAUAACAAGUGAUGAUCAUGUGAUUCAGUAUGUCAACCCCGCCUUUGAGAGGAUGAUGGGCUACCACAAAGGGGAGCUUCUGGGGAAAGAACUCGCUGACCUACCUAAGAGUGACAAGAACCGGGCAGACCUCCUGGACACCAUCAAUACGUGCAUCAAGAAGGGAAAGGAGUGGCAGGGGGUUUACUAUGCCAGACGGAAAUCCGGGGACAGCAUCCAACAGCACGUGAAGAUCACCCCAGUGAUUGGCCAAGGAGGGAAAAUUAGGCAUUUUGUCUCCCUCAAGAAGCUGUGCUGUACCACUGACAAUAACAAGCAGAUUCACAGGAUUCAUCGUGAUUCAGGGGAUAACUCUCAAACAGAACCUCCUUCAUUCAGACACAAGAGCAGGAGGAAAGAGUCCAUUGAUGUGAAAUCAAUAUCUUCUCGAGGCAGCGAUGCUCCAAGCCUACAGAAUCGCCGCUACCCCUCCAUGGCAAGGAUCCACUCCAUGACCAUAGAGGCCCCCAUCACAAAGGUUAUAAAUAUAAUCAAUGCAGCUCAAGAGAACAGCCCAGUUACAGUAGCAGAAGCCUUGGACAGAGUUCUAGAAAUUUUACGGACCACAGAACUGUACUCCCCUCAGCUGGGAACCAAAGAUGAAGAUCCUCACACCAGUGAUCUUGUUGGAGGCCUGAUGACUGAUGGCUUGAGAAGACUGUCGGGGAAUGAGUAUGUGUUCACAAAGAAUGUGCACCAGAGUCAUAGUCACCUUGCCAUGCCCAUAACCAUCAAUGAUGUCCCCACAAGUAUCGCCCAGUUACUGGAUAAUGAGGAAAGCUGGGACUUCAACAUCUUUGAAUUGGAAGCAGUUACACAUAAAAGGCCAUUGGUGUACCUGGGCUUAAAGGUCUUCUCUCGGUUUGGAGUAUGUGAAUUUUUAAACUGCACUGAAACCACUCUUCGGGCCUGGCUGCAAGUGAUUGAAGCCAACUACCACUCCUCCAAUGCCUACCACAAUUCCACCCACGCUGCUGAUGUCCUACACGCCACAGCUUUCUUCCUUGGAAAGGAAAGAGUGAAGGGAAGCCUCGAUCAGCUGGACGAGGUAGCUGCUCUGAUUGCUGCAACAGUCCAUGAUGUGGAUCACCCUGGAAGAACCAACUCCUUCCUGUGCAACGCGGGCAGUGAGCUGGCUGUGCUCUACAAUGACACUGCAGUCUUGGAGAGUCACCACACGGCCCUGGCCUUCCAGCUUACUGUCAAGGACACCAAGUGCAACAUCUUCAAGAACAUUGACAGGAACCAUUACCGAACGCUACGCCAGGCUAUUAUUGACAUGGUUUUGGCUACAGAGAUGACAAAACACUUUGAACAUGUGAACAAAUUUGUGAACAGCAUCAACAAGCCACUGGCAGCUGAGAGUGAGGGCAGCGACUGUGAAUGCAACCCUACUGGAAAGAACUUCCCUGAAAACCAGAUCCUGAUCAAGCGCAUGAUGAUCAAGUGUGCUGACGUGGCCAACCCAUGCCGACCCUUGGACCUGUGCAUUGAGUGGGCUGGGAGGAUCUCUGAGGAGUACUUUGCACAGACAGAUGAGGAGAAGAGGCAGGGGCUACCUGUUGUGAUGCCAGUGUUCGACCGUAAUACCUGCAGCAUCCCCAAGUCCCAGAUCUCCUUCAUUGACUACUUUAUAACGGACAUGUUUGAUGCUUGGGAUGCCUUUGCGCACCUGCCAGCCCUGAUGCAGCACUUGGCAGAUAACUACAAACACUGGAAGACACUGGAUGACCUCAAGUGCAAAAGUCUGAGACUUCCAUCUGAGAGCUAAAGCCGGGCCAGAGAGGGGCCUCUUGAUCUAUGAUGGACACUGUGAACCACAGAGUAGCAUGGACAAGAGGAUUUCCUUGAUGAAAAUGACAGGUGUAGA